UCAGACAUGCAGAAUGGGGAGGAAUGUAGAAAUUGGGCAGGGCGUUGGCCUGAGGCCUAUGGGUGCGGCUCCCUCCUCCUUUAAAACCUUCUGCUUCCCUGUCUGCUCAGAGUCUCGCACUUCUCUGCCGCUCCGGGGUCCGCGCUCUGUUCGCCAUGGCACAACAACGACAGAAUCCCCCAACUGAGAUCGAGCGGUCAAUGGAGAAGAUCAUCACCUGCUUCCAGAGAUACGCCGGCAAGGAGGGCAACCAGGCCUCCAUGAACUACAAAGAGUUUGAGAAGUUCAUGAACACGGAGCUGGUGUCCUUCACCAAGAACCAGAGGGACCCAUCCAUCCUACAGAAGAUGAUGCAAUCUGUGGACGGUGGGGUUGAUGGGAAAAAGGACCAGGAGAUGGACUUCCAGGAGUUCCUCAACCUCAUCGGGGGCAUCAUGGUGGCUUGUAACGACGCCCUGGCCAAGUGCCCCCAAGAAAAGAAGGUAAAUCCAGUCCCAGCCACAAAACCCACAGAAAUGGAGUCCGCCAUGGAGAACAUCAUCCGGGUCUUCCAGCACUACGCCGGCAAGAAAGGAGACAAGAACCAGUUGAAUUACACAGAGUUUGAGGCCUUCAUGAAGACCGAGCUGAAGUCCUUCACAGAUAGCCAGAAGGACCCGAACAUUGUGCGCAAGCUGAUGGAGUCGGUGGACGGAGCAGUGGACGGUAAACAGGACAGAGAGCUGAACUUCCAGGAGUUCAUGAACCUGAUAGGUGGCAUCAUGGUGGCUUGUCAUGACGCUAUGAUGAGACACCUGAAGAGGGUGUGAGACUCCCCCCUCCCUGCAUGCCCCCGCUCCUCACAUCUUACAUGUCAAUCUUCUGCUGUCACUUUUGUUGUAAUAAAAUAAUAAAAUAUU